AUGAAGAAGAAGGCGAGAGUCGAUGUUGUGCAGCAGCAGCAGCAGCCGCCGCCGCCAUCAUGGCCGCCGCAACCUCAACAACAGCCGAUGCCGCCGAUGCCAUCGACGAUUCAGCCGAUGCAGGCACACAACCAGUCUCCCUUCACUAACACCCCGUGGUAUAGCCCGCAAACCACAUAUGUCCAGCCGGACAUGUCGCGUCGCGAUGACACCAUGGGCUACCGCUACACUCCCCAGCAGCAGCAACAGCAGCAGCACCAUGCCGCCCCCGUCCAGCAGCCAUCCAUGAACGUCGCCCAGCAGCAGCACGUUCAGCAGGGGCAGCACCCGGGGCAGCACGCGACCCAGCAGCAUGCGCAAAUCCACCAGCAGCAACACCAGCAUCAGCAACAGCAGCAGCAACAACAACAACAGCAGCACCAGCACCAGCCGGCUGCACAUGGCCAGCAGCACAAUGCUACCCAGCCGGCGCAACCGCAACAGGGGCAGCAGCCACAGCCCCAGCAACCCCAGCAGCAACAGGCCACCCCGGUCCCGGCCCCUGCGCCGACCCCGCGCCAGCGCAAGCGCCCGGCCCCUACUUCAACACCACAGUCGGUCCCGGCCGCGCCCCCUCCCGCGCCCGCCGCCGUCAUGCCUACGGCCGUCACCGCGACCCCAGCCACGCCCACGGCGGCCCCCACGGCAAUUACCGCCCCAGUCCCUACCCCAACGCCGGUGCCGGUACCCGCCAAGACGGAGCCAAAUGACGAUGCAAACUCAACCCCUCAGCCGCCCCCGGCCAAGAAGGGCCGCACAAACACUCCCUGGACGGCCCAGGAGGAGCUGCGCCUAAAGCAGAUGCGCGACGCCGGCAAUAGCUGGGCCGAGAUCGCUAAGACCUUCCCGACCCGAACGGAGGGUAGUGUGAAAAAGCAUUGGUACAAGGACAUGCACUAUGCCGAAUUUGCCGAGAAUGAGAGCCAGGAGCUUCUGCAUGCAAUCAAAGAGUAUGAGGCCAGCAAAUGGAAGGUUAUCGGGAACAAGGUUGGGAAACCGGCCAAGGCUUGCGAACAAUAUGCCAAGGAGCACUUCCCCGACCUUUUCCAGAAUGGCCCAAAGGCGAGAUAG